AUGCCCAGUUUCGUGGAUUUGAACAUUGAAAUCAUCCAUUUGGUCUGCCAGGACCUAUUGGUCAACGAUGUCCUCAACCUUCGGCUGACCUGUCGUUUUCUCGAUGCCGCGACACGUUCAAAGAUCGUUUGGAUCCACCAGAUGGAGAAGCUGGAAGCACAAAGCUCUGUCUUACCGUCAAAUGCUCAAGACUAUCGCUUACUCCAACCCUCCCUCCUUGAAACUCUGGUUUUGCGAUUGACCUUCGUGGGGGACAAAUGGCUACGUCAAGAUAUGACUCCGACGGCCACUUCAACGAUCUCAGUCCCUGGCUCCAUAACAUGGCUUCAUAUUUUUGACGGAAGAUACGUGUUCGUGGCGUUCUCCGACCGCAAAGCUAGCAGUAUUGCUUGUUGGGAUCUGUGGUUGUUGCAAGCUGGCUAUCCCAGUGCGGCGACUGAGGCAUUUCUAGUUGGACGUGUCAAUACUGCUCAGGUCGAGAUGCAAGAGGACGGAAUUGUGCUAGCGCUUGGGCUGGACGGCGAAACGCAAAGUGUUGUGGUUGUAACACUGCAAGUGCAGGAAGAUACAUGCAGGUUUUAUGAGCUUGCACGAAUUGGAAAUUCAUCGCACGUCCUUCUAUUAGAUGGCUCAAUCAUAGGUUGUGCCAUUCGUGACGGCCUAAACGUUCCUCAUUUGGUGGAUUGGAGAAGUGGGACCAUUCGCGAGAUUCCCGCGCCGUCUGGCGGACUGGAGACACCAGGCAAUGCUAGCGUUCCGCAUCUCCUGGCCAUCUCUGGCGAAACUCUAGCUAUCGUGCGCUCCGUUGGGAUCGAAAUAUAUUGGUUAACAACUGAAACCAUUGUUUUUGUCCGACAUAUCGUGAGCUCUACCAUCUGGGAAGCUGUUGCGAGUACUGCCAUCGGAUUUUCAGCCUUGCAACUGACGCUCAUCACUCGUGUUGGUCUCGAAACUUUGGUUAUUGACGACCGAGUACUUGACAUGAACCUCGAAACACCCGCUCUACUUUGUAUUUUUCCAGCCCCGUUGUGCGGUUGUUGUGGCCCUUCCCAGUCAUGCGAUUUUAUCUAUCACAAGGCUCCGUGGUACCAUCUUUCCGUUGGCAGCUCCGGCCGUCGAUGCAUGUGGGUAUCGGUCGGUAAUGGCUCAGGAAACAAUUACGCCACGCCACGUCUUAUGUCAGCAAAACUCCCUUCGCCUGUCGUUGGAUCUUUGGACACUACCAGUGCGGAGAUAGUAUCAUGGCCCGUCGAUUCGAUGGGCGAUUUUGCUCUGUGGGCGCUCCCGCGAUUGCAUUUUGACGAGGCCUUAGGCACUGUGGUCAUCGGAAACUGUUUUGGAGAGUUGGAUUUUCACAAUGUGGAUCAACACUUGGUACCAUGCUUCUCUCUUGCUCGAUACCCUUUCUGGACAUCUGGGCAUCUUCUAACGCAGGUUUCAUCCGCCUCACCAAUGGAUGUCGACGCUGUCGACGCCCCGUCUCCUGUUUCACUCCACUCGCUACCUGAAAUCACUGCUAAAUGGUCGCAAGACUCCAUUGUCCACAAUAUCUCAUGGUCAACAGAUUGGGCGCAGUAUAGGAAAGCCCAUUUAUGGGAAGGCGCACCGUGCGACUUGGGAUGGAUCCUUCACGAAGCAUUUGGAUUUCCAGGACGAGUUAUUCCCCAGGGCUAUGCCAAUCGAUGGGAUAGCGCGCAUGAGCAAGCUCUUUUCUUUCGCGUUGGAAGGCGUUACUUUGUCCUGAGAGAAGGGGACGAGAACGAGUUCCACUGCGCGCCACUAGAUCCAGGAGAUGCAGAUGACCUGUUCUUUCACCUACGGCGUAGUCCGAAAUUGAUCACCACAAGACGCACAGCAAUCACUGCGAGACAAGCUUACAUGAUGAACCUAUUGGCGGAGCUGGAUAGCCCUGCGCCGCUGUAUCGGAACCGCUGGCUGGAGAUGCAGGAACGAGUUUCGUUGAACUCGAACUCGAAAUUAUACAUUGUAUCUGCGAGGAAUUACUGGUCAAUGAUGUCCUCUCUCUCCGUCAGACUUGUCGCUCAUUGUAUCAUGCAACACAUUCAAGGGUUGUUUGGAUUCGAUAUUUGGUCGUCCUCAAAGCAAAAGGGGCUGUACUGCCCUCUUUUCCGGCUGACUUCGGUCGCGAACAAGUGGGCUCGCCACGAUAUGACUCCAAUCAAGUCCGUCUCUCUGGUCGUCCCACACUCGAUAACAUGGCUGCGCAUCGUCGAUGGCCGAUAUGUAUUUGUGGCGUAUUCUGACCAAAAGGUCAGCGUUCUCGCAUGCUGGGAUUUCUGGUGGCUGCAAUGUGGUGAUAUCAACCCAAUCGCUCUUGCAUUCCUUCCAGGUCGUGUCGAUACUGCGCAAGUAGAGAUGCAAGAGAAUGGCGUUGUUCUAACCCUCGGACUAGAUGGCAAAAACCCCAGUGUGCUCGUAACCACACUCCAGGAACAAGAAGAUGAUACGUUUGCGUUCUAUGAACUGGCGCGAAUCGAAAAGUCGUCGCAUAUCCUCAUGCUAAAUGGCUCAUUCGUUGGCUGCGCUAUUCGUGACGGUAUCAACAUCCUUCACCUGGUUAAUUGGAGAGACGGAGCUAUUCGUGAGAUCCCGCAGGCCGCAGCUGGGUUCUCUAACUCGGUCAGAGCGAGUGUCCCAUAUCUGAUCACAUUGUCUGGCGAGGUUCUCGUUAUCGUGUACUCGGUUGGCGUCGAAAUCUAUCACUGUCCGCCAUCAUCAAACGACCCCAUCGUCUUCGUUCAACAUAUCACGCGUUCUACUAUUUGGGAAGCUGUUGCUACUCCCCUUACCCAUUUGCAAGCCACACAGCUGACAUUAAUCACCCGCGUUGGUCUUGAAAUUUUGACUAUCGACGACCGAGUGCUGGACAUUAACACACAAACACCGAGUCUUAUUUGUGUUGCUCGAGCGCCGUUGUGUAGCUGUCGAGGUCCCACUGCCAGUGUUCCGUGCAGCUUCAUCGACCACGCUGCUCGGUGGUACGGACUGUCUGUGGGUGACUCCGGCCGUCGAUUCAUGUGGAUAUCUGUGGUAGGAGAACCUGGAAAGGACUACUCACUACCAUCAUUUGUGUCCGCUCGACUUCCAGAAGCGUCGGGUCAUGCAGAGCUUGUCUCGUGGCCCAUGAAUCCAAAUAAUGAACUAGCGCUCUGGGCACUACCCCGGUUCGAUUUCGAUGAGGCUCUCGGCACAGCUGUCGUCGGGAACUGUUUCGGAGAACUGGAGUUUUAUGACUUGGAUGAGCAUUUGUUGGCAUGCCUGUGGCUGUCACGAUACCCCUUCUGGAGGCCUGAGCAUCGGUCGACGAAGAUGUUGUCGUUGGCGCCAUUAGCUCUCGAUGUGCCUCCUCAGCCAAUUUUCGGUUCACCUGAAUCGCUGCCUGACAGCACGGCCCACUGGUCCCAAGAUCCUAUUGUUAAUGGUUUGCCUUUCGACUAUGCGUGGAUGCUCAGGGAAGCCUUCGGAAUCCCGGGUCGAGUGAUUCCUCAAUACUAUGGCCAGCCAUCCCCCGACGCGCUUGACCAGUCCGUCACCUUCCGCAUUGGGAAACGCUACUUUGAGCACUGGGAUGGCGACGAGAAGACAUUAUGUACGUUGUCACCGGCAAUAAGCACACUUCGGGAUUUGGAGCAGGAGCAGGAGCCGACCAUCGACUGGAGAGCCCCCACAAAACUGACCGCAACUCGUCGCACGGCAUUUUCCAUGUGCCAUGCCUACAUCGAUGGCUUUCACCAAGAGGUAUACCACAAUCCAUGUCCUCGAAUUCGCUGGCUGGAAAUGAAGGAUCGCGGGGGCUAUGUGGAGUGGAACAAUGUAGGUCACCCAAGAUAUCGUACCUAUCCUGAAUAA